AUGAUCCAAGAGUUUCGCCAAAAGGAGGGAGAUUCGUUCUACGAAACAUGGGAGCGUUUCAAGGAGUUACUACUCAAGUGUCCUCAUCAUGGAUUCGAGGAUUGGGCUUUAGUUGAGAGGUUCUGUCAUGGAGUGACGCCCACUACGAGGAAUAUGCUGAAUACUACUGCUGGGGGCAAUCUGCUGACCGCCAAGACACCUGAUGAGUGCAUGGAUAUGUUCGAGGAUAUAGCGAUGAGUAGCUACGAGUUUCCUGAGUCUAGAGAUUCAUCUACUACACAUAGAGGAGUGCACAAGGUCGAUGAGGUCACCAGGAUGCAAGCGCAGAUUGACGCUUUGCAAAAGCAGGUGGGUGAUAUGAAGGUGGAGUUUGUGGGUAAUCGAAAUCAAGGAAAUUUCAGGGAGCGUUACAAUUCGAACUGGAAGUACCACCCGAACUUCAGCUGGAGGAACAACAACCCACCGAGGUUUCAGCCGCGUCAGAGUCUGUUUCAGGAUGCUGGAGCAGGAGCGAGUUCGGGUAUGAAGAACCCGACCAUAGAGGAGAUGCUGAGGCAAAACCAGGAGACGUUAGCCAAGCAGACGCAGUUGCUGACACAGUUCAUCACGCGAGAGGAUACUCGACAUCAGGAGACACAGUCGAGGUUCAUGGAGCACGAGACCUUCAUGAAGAGUCAGAGCAGUGCACUACAGAACCUGGAGAGGACAGUGGGUUCGCUGGCCGAUCAGCUGAACCAGAGACCUCAAGGUGGUCUCCCUAGUAGCACUGUUGGAAAUCCGAACGCCACUACGAAGGCUGUUACCACUAGGAGCGGACGAGGAGCUGUUGAGGUCGAGCCGGUAGUUGACGAGGACCCGGAGGUCGAUGAGGAGAUUGAGAUGGAGACACCAGCUGGCAAAGUGCACCCUAGGCUGCGCCCAGCAAGUACAGCACAGUCCAGCAGGUCUUCAGGAGAGAAGAAGGAGCCAGAGAAGGAGCCGAUGAGGGUGUAUAAGCCGACACCCCCUUACCCUGGUAGGUUAGUGAAGGGUAAGGACGCGGAGCAGUAUGGUCGUUUCAUGGAGAUGUUGAAGAAGCUACAUGUGAACAUCCCGUUCGUCGAGGCUUUGGCGAAGAUGCCGAAGUAUGUGAAGUUUUUGAAGGAUCUUCUUACGAAUAAGAAGAAAUUAGAGGAUCUGUCGACUGUCACCCUGAGCGAGGAGUGUUCUGCCGUCUUGUAG